CCCAAAUUAUUGGAAGGACCACUAUAAUAAUGAUUUUAUAUAUAAGUUCUUAUCUUCUUCUUCCUUAGUUUUGCUGUAUGCUCAAUCAGAUCUCCAGAAGGAAUCCGAGUAUCAUUUCAUGGCAAAUUCCAAGCUGCAAGCAUUUUGGAACCACCCAGCUGGCCCCAAAACGAUCCAUUUCUGGGCCCCAACAUUUAAAUGGGGUCUAACCAUUGCAAAUAUUCUUGACUCAGCAACACCACCAGAGAAACUAUCCUAUCCUCAGCAGUCAGUCCUUGCAUGCAGUGGACUAAUAUGGGCAAGAUACAGCACCGUAAUUAUACCAAAGAACUGGAAUCUUGUGAGUGUCAAUUUCGCUAUGUCUGUAACCGCUAUGUAUCAACUUUCGCGUAAAAUUCAGCAUGACUUGUCCAUCAAAAACCAAGAAGUUGCUGCAGAAGAAGAAUGAAUAAAACCUCAAUUCCACUUGCUGCAUAUUAAACUUUGCGUGCUGAUUUCGAGUUAAGCAUUCCGAUUCAAUCUUGUAACAAUUGCAGUAAAACAUAUUCGUUCUCAUGCAUUAACGUUGGAUUAUGUUUGAACCUCAUGGUUCAAUUAAGGCCAAUGAAAAAUAUAUUGAAGCAUAAAUUCUGUUUAUAAAUA